CUAGCUUUACAUCCAUAAUGAGGGUUCAAUACAUCGGCCUGUUCGCCAACUUGGCGUACGGCAUGAUCGAUACCUUUCCGGGUUUGGUUCAGCCCUACUGCGACGAAAACCCUCUCGCAUGCCUCUCUGGUCAACAAUGCUGGCAGAAGGAGAAAUGUAUCCCUAUCAUCCAGAGCCCAUUUUCGAGGUUUCCCCAAAUUGCAGAGCCAGAACUCAACACCGGCGUUUCCAACGCUCCGAAGUAUGCAUCUUACCGCCGAGUAAUGCCCGAGGUCAAGAGACAGUCCAAGUACUCGCAAGACGGCCAGUGCGGUCCUGCUCACGGCAACCUGCUCUGCGACCCCAACAGCACCGUGUACACUGGCACAUGCUGCUCAUCAUACGGAUGGUGUGGAAACACAGCUGCGCAUUGCGAUGCCGGCUGCCUGUCAGGAUGCUCCAACCAGCCUUCUACUCCUCAGCCUACAACAGCUGGACCCAAGCCCAGGGACGACGGCAGGUGUGGAAAGGACUUUGCUGGCGCAACAUGCGACACGAACGGCCAAUACGGUGGCUGCUGUUCGUCUUACGGAUACUGCGGUAGCACUGACGGGCACUGCCUCAAGGCAAACGGAUGCCAGAACGGAUGCAAAGACACUACCCCCGUCCAAUCAGCUGCCCCUACCACGACUGGAACCCGUCCUCCUUCUUCUACUACCUCUGGCGAGCCUGUUCUUGGUAAGCCCUCAGCCACAGGUACCCCUAGCGGUGCCGCGACUACCGACGGAACCUGUGGAGCCAAGUUUGGCAACACUGUCUGUGGCAACUGGGCACAGGGAAGCUGCUGCAGCAUGUACGGCUACUGUGGUAACACCACUGCUCACUGCGGUGAAGGUUGCCAGAACGGACCAUGCAAUUCAGCUCCCGUUGUACUUGCACCUGCCGCCAGCCCGGCGCCUGCUGCCGCUAAGCCCGGAAGCAUCCAAAUCAAGGGCCGAUCUGGUGUACCCGCCAUGCACGCUGGCCUCAUGCCCAACGGCAAGGUUGUCUUCCUUGACAAGGUUGAGAACUACACCGAGCUCAAGCUUGGUAACGGCCAGUUUGCUUACUCUUCCGAGUGGGAUCCCGCCACCGGCAAGCUUACUCCCUUGGCCUACAAGACCAACGCUUUUUGCUCUGGUGGUAUCUUCCUGGCUGAUGGCCGCUUUGUAUCUCUCGGUGGUAACGCCCCGCUCGAUUUCAUCGACCCCACUGUUGGCGAUGGUUUCCGUGGUAUCCGAUACUUGAAGCGAUCCUCCAGCGAUGCCUCUCUCGACGGCCAAGCAUGGAGCGAACCCGGCCAACAACUCAACACUCCUCGCUGGUACGCCUCCGUCCAGAUCAUGGGUGACAACAGCAUCUUUGUCGCAUCCGGAUCCAAGAACGGUCUCGACCCUACCAAGCCCGAGAACAACAACCCUACCUACGAGAUCCUCAACGCCGACGGUACUCCUCGCGGAAAGAGUGUCAACAUGGAGAUUCUGAGCAAGAACCAGCCUUACUACAUGUACCCCUUCAUGCACUUGAUGAGGGAUGGUAACCUCUUCGUUCAAGUCGCCAAGUCUGCUGAGAUCUUCAAGGUUGAGACUGGAUCCGUUGUCCGCACUCUGCCUGACCUGCCCGGUGCCUACCGCACCUACCCCAACACUGGUGGAUCCGUCAUGAUGCCUUUGACCAAAGCCAACAACUACAACCCUGACAUCAUUAUCUGCGGGGGUGGCCCUUACCAAGAUAUCACUGCUCCCGGCGACCCAUCUUGCGGCCGUAUCAGGCCUCUUGAUACCAAUCCGUCAUGGGAGAUGGAUGCUAUGCCUGAAGGCCGCUGCAUGGUUGAGGGUACGCUUCUUGCUGACGGCACCAUCGUCUGGGUCAACGGUGCUCAAGAGGGUGCCCAAGGUUUCGGUGUUGCCCAGAACCCUUCGCUCGAGGUUCUCCUGUACGACCCUUCAGCGCCCAAGGGCCAACGCUGGAGCACGGGCCCCAAGUCCACCAUCCCCCGUCUCUACCACAGUGUAUCUCUCCUCCUCCCUGACGGCACCCUACUCAUCAGCGGCUCCAACCCUGUCGAGCAGCCUGUCCUCACCGCCUCGAAGCAGAACCCGUUCCCCACCGAGUUCCGCAACGAGAUCUACACUCCCCCUUACCUCCAGGGCAACCCCACCCGUCCCUCCAACGUAGUCAUCUCCAGCAAGGAACUCAAGGCCAACAGCAGCACCUUCACCAUCAAGUUCAACGUGCCUGCCAACUCCAAGAACCUCAAGGUUUCUCUCUACUACGGUGGUUUCGUUACCCACUCGGUCCACAUGGGUCACCGCAUGGUCAUGCUCGAGACUACUGGCUUCAACACGGCUUCCACCGGCCAGACCGUCACCGUGACCAUGCCUCCUAACAGGAACGUCCUGCCCGCCGGUCCCUACCUCCUGUUCGUUGUCGUCGAUGGCGUCCCUGCCAUUGGCCAGUUCGUCCACGUCUCUUAAGCGAGACCGAAGACGUUCAACUUCACGCUACGACAAUACGGUGGUGUGCUUGUGUGUUUAUAGAUACUUCCCUUCCUGUAAAAAUCUUCUGGUCUGGAAAGUCCUUUUUUGGGAGAUGGAAUCAUAAAAUUGGUGACGAUGGAUAAAUAGCCUAAUGGGCCCCUGAUGAGUUUCUUGCAUGUAUCUUCAUGUCUAGUCCAAUGAACAUGAUAAUUUCAAUAUACAAACGUCUU